GGAACGCAGGCAGUUGCAGAGCAGACAGGCUGCAGCUAGCUGCUCAGUGCAUCAGCAGGGUUCACAGUCAGUUACAACCAAAGUUAUCCUUACUGUCUUUAGAUGUUAAAGAAACCGGAACUAAGAGGUAUCAUGUUUGAAAACUUCAGAGAAAGACUUCACAUGGUUCAGCAGGAUUUCACCACGGGCUUUAAAACCCUCGGAGACAAAUCCAGAGACAAUAAAAUCCGGAGGAAGCCCAGGUUUGAAGAAAGCCUUCCUCAUUUCAGCGCUGGUCUGGACAUCCUCAGCAGGUAUGAGGAGAGUUGGUUUCUGCUCCAUAAAAGAACCAAAGACUGUGCUCAGGCUGCAGAGGCAGUAGAUGGGGACAUAGUGAUGCUCUCAGCACACUGGGAGAGAAGAAGAACAGCUGUGACUCAACUACAGGAACAGCUGCAAAGCUUGCCGGCCUUCAUCAGUGAUCUAGAUGCCAUCACUGCUAACAUCGCUCAUUUGGAAGGUGACUUUGAGGAGAUGGAGAGCAGACUGGUCUACCUGGAGACUCUGUGUUGUCAGUGUGAACAACAGACGGUCAAACAACAUCACAUCAACCAACUAGAAGUCUAUAAGAAAAAGAAGAGGAGGGAGAUGGAAGCGCUGGAAGUGGAACUAAAUUCUGAGCAUGCUCAGAAGGUGGCAGAACUGGAGCAGGCCAUGCAGCAGAAACUGAAAGAACGACAGAAAGUCUAUGAGGAAGCCUUCAACCAAGACAUGCAGCAAUAUCUGUCCACUGGAUACCUACAACACAGAGCAGAGCCAACCGAAGCUGAUGUGCGUGUUCUGGAUCAGAUGACAGUGACUAACAUAUCGGACCAGGAGGCCCUGGAUGACUUCCUCAAUUCCACUGGUGACGAUGACAUCAGCACAGGAUCAUCACUGACCUCCGGUCCAGGCCUCGAGUCCUGCUCCUCUGAAUCUACCAGAAGCAAAACAACCCGAGCCCCUCCCACGACCAGCCAAUCGUCCAACCAGGACGCAGAGUGGGAUCAGGAUGAGGAUGUGGCCAGUGAGGAGAGUGAUGAGCCUCUGGUGCAGUCUGACGAAGAGGACGUCCAGCCCGACAUGUCGUUGGUCGGCUUACAGGAUGUUGGCGCAAAGAGGGGCUCCGACGAGAGCGACCCUGCUGAGGACAUUCCCUCCGGGUAACCUAGCAACCAGGCCCAUGAAUACUGGGUAAACACUAACAACUGUUACCGCUCUGGUGCCCUCUUGCUUGAUACGGCUCCCAUCUCCAGCCAACAUGAGCAACACUUCAUUGCUUCUUUCCUCUGAGGUUUGAUAUGGAAACGUGCCCUCUAACACAAAUGCUGAGUUUUCAGAUGGUAGUGACUCUUAUGCUAAGCUGUCACUCAGUAAUGCUAACUAACUGAAACAUCCGAUUUUUCCAAUACCUAAACCUACAUGUCGGCUGAUACCGAGUACUGAUCAGAUACCGGUGCAUUGAAAACAUAAAGUUAAACAAGUCAUAAUUCCCUCUCAAUACUUAUUUGAUAUUGCUGUGAAAACAUAUCUGUGAAACAACUGUAUUUAUUCAAGUUUCUUGCCAAAACCUACAUUUUACAAGAUAACAUUUAAACCCAUCAUAAUAACAUUAUAAUUACAUUCUCUUUACCAAUUGUCGUUUUUUUCUGAAUAGAGCUUAAACGCAUGAUGAUGUUACUCAAUGCAACCUCAAUUAGCUUUAGGUGUGAGAUCCGUUUGCAGGGAUGGGCAGCUAACCGGCUGCUAACAUCUAACGUUAUUUAGCUCUCCUCCUGAUGAUUUCACCACAGAUUUGUUCUUCACAAUGAAGCAUUAUCAGGGACAAAAUAUGGUGUACCAGAGUGUUUAACCAAAGUUGUGUAGUACUAGUAACACAGUGACACGUGGUGUUGUUGUUGCUGUUCAUGUGUAGCUCAAAUGAGCUGCUAACGUGAUAUUUGAUCGGUGCAUGGACUUGCGUACUCGCCAAAACCUGAUCCAACAUUUUAGGCAGUAUCUGAAGCAUGUCUGGUAUCGAAAUCGAACAACUUUGUGAAAUCGAACAACAUUGUAAAAAACCUUCUCCUCGUAUGGAGACAAUUCGAAGAUAAUUACAGUAAGCGCUUGACAUGACAAAUGCCACAGUGUCAAGAAGUUAUUAGAGUUGUCUAAGGCCUCAAUGUGAUUAUAUAACUCCCCCAGCAUUCACAUGUAUUGUGAUCUUUAUGUUCAGGCCAAUCCAUCUGUAAGAAAUUCUCUACAUAGGAAGUGACCUUAUUUAAAUGUUAAAGUCCUCAAGAUAUAGAUUUAUUGUAUUGUAUUUCCCUUUGUGCUCACUAAUAUGCAAGAAGCAGAUGGUAGGGCGACAGUGUACUGUAGAUGGAACAGCUGGUGACACUCCCCCUUUUGCAGCAGGGCAGUCUUGAUGUACACGUCUCUGCUUGGGUCAAUCUCACAAUAAAG